CUUUAAUUAAUUGGUUAUAAAAGUCCUUCUAUGGCAUCUUCCCCUUCUCCAUCGGCAACGGAGAUAGAAACCGCUGCAUCCUCUAUCUCAGUUUCUCUCGUCUGCUUCUUCGACAGCCAUGGAAGAGCCCAUCAAGGAGCAAUCUUCUGUUUCCGGGAAUGGAGGAAAAUCUACGCUGCAAAGGUAUGCGCUGCGAUCGGCUGCUAAAUCGAAGGAGGAGAAGGCGGAACCGGUAAAUGCUUCUGCAUCAAGAAGGGCAAGACCGCUUUCGGCUGUGAGCAAGAGCGUGGGAGUCCUUGACCUGUCGGGUAAGGACAAGCCUGCGAAGCCUCCCAGAAGACAAUCGAUUCCUGCAAAGUCGAGUGCUGGCUCGACCGCAAAACUGGUUGGCAACAUCACUCCGAUAUCCGAGACACGGGCUCGGAGGUCUGCCAAUAGCCAAGUGAAAAGCGAAACCCCGCUUUCCGAUGUCUCGAGAUCGUCGAGCCGGAGGAGGUUCAGUGUUCUGUCAUCUGCAUCGUACUGGCUGCAACAGAUUAAGCUCUCGGAAACUGCUGCUAAGCAUUCGGUGUCGCUCGGUUUCUUCAAACUCGCGCUGGAGGCUGGAUGUGAGCCCCAAAAAAUGCGAGAGGAGCUGAAAUCCUAUGUGCGUAAACACAGCCUUCCCGAGCUGAAAGAAGCUGUCAAGGAGUUGUUCGAUAUAUUCAACAUCGUGGAGAGUGUGGAGCAGCCCCAGGUCUCGCAAACCUGUUCUCAAGUGCCAGAAGAGGGAACUCGAUCGUCUGAUGAUGAUGUUCACAGCACCUCUUCCACCAUCGGGGCAAGGAAAAUAAAACCGAAGUCCCUUAACAACGAUGUAGCCCUAGCUUCUCAAGUCGCAGCAGAACCAGAUAAGGAGACUUUGAAGAAGAAUCCUGCUACUAAGGUCCGGGAAUCCGUGAAUAGAAAUCCUGCUAGCUCGAGGACUGUCCCGGACAAUGGGGCCAGAAAGGUGCAGAAGAAAGUGCAAAAGCCAAUGAAAGAAGGGUCCAACGUAGAGAAGGAGAAGACCGAGAGACAGGGAAAGAAACCUGCUGUUGAAGGAGGUCAAGAUGCAACCCCGCCCGCACAAGAUGUAACCGAGAAUAAAGAGAAUUUGGAUGCUCCACCGGCAGAUGCCGUUUCAGCUGAAGUGAUGUAGGAAGAUUCAGCAGCUGAGUCUUCAGUGAUUUCUUCCGCUGGUUUGGUUUGUCUUCAGUGUUUUUGAAUGAGGGCUUCCUCUGUAUAGAUAGAAAAUUGGUUGUGCCAGAAAGUGUGUGCUUGUGUUUGUGGUGCCAAGAAAUAAUCUAUUACCGUUACUUUCAAUUUCGGGACGACUCACAAUCGCGAUAUUUGUAAGUGUAAUUUGAAUCAAUCAAAACUUUGUUUAUUACCA